AUGUUUAGAUUGGUGGCUUUUGUAUUUUUAUUCAUCAUCACAAUUUCGUUUAUACAUGCGGCCGAUGAAAAGUAUUCUAAACCAACACUAAACGAAAUUACAUCCAUUCCCAAGUUUACUCCCACCGAUACUAAUCCACUACCAAAAUCCUAUGCUGGAAAUCUACCUAUCCGAAGUGGAAAAGAUAGAUUAUUCUAUUGGUACUUUCCAAAAACUAAUUCGAAUAUAAAUGAUGAAAGAAAGGAUUUAUUAGUCAUGUUGAAUCGUGGACCAGCUUGUUAUUUUGCUGAAAUGUUAUUCUUGGAAAAUGGAGUUUUUCAAAUCGAUGCAAAUCAAGUUUUGACGCUCAAUUCAAAAUCAUUUCAUCAAUUUGCUCAUGUUUUGUACAUUGAUUCACCUUUGGGAACUGGAUUAAGUCAAUUUUCGACUGAAGUUUCGAAUUUUGAAUCAUAUGGUAAAUUAAUGUUUCCUGGAAAUAGUUUGAGAUUAAAAACAGUGUUUCCAGGUGCCACCAAAUAUGUAGUUAAGGAUUUACAAGAUGCACUCAUUGGAUUCUUUACUCUUUUCCCUCAUUUAUCACCAGAUAAGAAGGGAAGUACUUUGAAUUUCUAUACUCCUGGAUAUUCUGCCAAGAUGAUUCCAUAUUUCAUUAAGGAAAAUUCAGGCUGGCAGCUGAAAUAUAAAGUGAAUGCAGAGAAAUUGCCAAAACACUUGAAUUAA